AUGCGCUUCCAAGGUUAUCUUCUGCUCCUACUGGUCACUAUUGUUGCUUGUUUAAGCACCAACACUGUGGCAGAAAACCGUAUGCAUGCCAACGAAGUUACGGAGUCGGGUCUUGUGAUCACCACCACUCAAGACUCCCGCGAACCCGAGGAGUUACCGAAGGCCUUGGACAUUGCAGCUACGGACGAAGAGCGAUACUUUUUCUUCAUUAUUAUCCCUGAUUUUGUCUUACACUGGCUAAGUUCCAAGACAAGUGCUGCAUGGCACGGCAUCAAGGGGAUUUUUGUAUCUCCUGGAAGCGUAAACCACGGCGACACCGGGACGUCAGGAAAGAAGAUACACGAUAAAGCUGCUACCGAUCAUUGA